AUGGUUUUGGUGGUGGAAUUGGGAAAGGUGGUGGUUUAUGGUGGUGGAAUUGGGAAAGGUGGUGGCGCCGGCGGAGGAAUUGGUGGCGGACAUGGUGGUGGCAUUGGAGGCGGACACGGUGGUGGCAUUGGAGGCGGACACGGUGGUGGCAUUGGAGGCGGACACGGUGGUGGCAUUGGAGGCGGACACGGUGGUGGCAUCGGCGGUGGACAUGGUGGUGGUAUCGGAGGUGGAAUUGGUAAGGGCAUUGGAGGUGGAAUUGGUAAGGGCAUUGGAGGUGGUGGUGGCGGUGGGUAUGGUGGUGGGGGUGGGGUAGGUGGCAUAGGUGGUGGCUUCGGAAAAGGCGGUGGCUUCGGAAAAGGCGGUGGCUUCGGUGGUGGAAUCGGAAAAGGAGGUGGGUUCGGUGGUGGUGGAGGAUUUGGUGGUGGUGGCGGUGGUGGUGUUGGUGGCGGUUUUGGUAAGGGUGGUGGAUUUGGUGCUGGGUAUGGAGGUGGUGUUGGUGGUGGUGGCGGCG